GGUUUUUGUUGUUGUUUUUCUCCUUCAGACGGUCUGCUGAGGACGUUUGGGCACUUUUGGAGUCCUUGCCAACAAAUUGUGAUCCUCCCAAUGCAGGCACCUCUUCUACUGUUCCAGAUCUUUUUGCUGAAGAGGCCAGAGGUGAAUUGGGCUGUGAAAAGAGCUUUUUUUUUGUUUUGUUUCAAGCAUCAUCAUGUACACAGUCGUGAUGAACGUGAUUGAUGCCACCAUUACUGGUCCUCUUCAUGGCUGAUUGUCAUUGCUUCGUUGCUGUCGUCGCCGUCAUCACCGGGAUUGUGAACAGCAUGGUGAUCGAUUGCCAUCAUCCUUGACAUCAUCAAAUGAUCAAAGUCGUCACUAUCAUCAUCAUCAGUGUAUGCCGCUCGCUGUCAUUGUCGCCACCAUCAUCGUCAUCCAACUUCAACAUCACUAUCCUUCGGUAUCAAGUGAUCCCCAUCAAGGACGUGUUCACCUUGGCCGACUCCGUUCUUGCAGUCCUUGCAGAUCUACAGCGCUUGGCCGUUCAUCCCGAAGGCAUCACUGUUGACAAGAUGAUAAAGGAGACCACACGCAGGCGAUCUGCAGAGUUACUCAAUUUGAAAGAUACAGUGGCACAUCCAGAAAGGGAUUCUAUACGCCUCAGUGCCUCAUUGAAGAAGACACUGGACGAACACAAGAGGAAGAACAAAGUGGCAGAAGCAGCUGAUAUGAAUAAGUCAACAGAGUUACCAUCGUUGGGUCAGCAACAGCAGGAGCGGGGUGCACCGGGGGCUAAUGGUAGUUCUCAAUCGGGCCAGCCACAGCAAGAAGAAGUUGUGGACCCUGAUCUCACUCCUCCAUUGCAAUCUCAAAGGCGCUCAGAACGGGGGAACCCCAAUGUGAGCUCGCGAGUACGGCGUGCUUCAGCAUCUGUACAGCCAUCACAACCUCGUCCUUGCCCAGUUCACGGGUUUCACAAGGAUUCUGCUCCAACCCACAGAGCUUGCCGUGAAAGGCGAAACAACUCCGAAGCAGGUGCGAAAUACCUGUCGGAUCAUAAUCACGUGCCAGGGUGGAUGGCAGCAGAGAAAGACUUUUUUACUACCAGCGGCCAAAUGGCAAGCAGCGCUAAUGGGGCAGAAAGUCAAGGAGGCAGUAAUGGCAACAUUGACAUCAUUGCUGGUGCCGUUGCAGGAGUGCCUGAGAGUUUCAGAAAUGGGUCUGCUGUGCCACCGAGAACUCAAGCAGCCUGUCACGGAAAGCGCACGAACUCAGAGAUGAGCAUCGAUCUAGAUGACAAUACUGCUCCUCUGAAACGUUGUCAUUAUGAUCAUGGCACAUCCUCAGGUUCCUUGAGAGGACGCCACUGUAAACAAAACCCUCCGGAGCCCACUGGAGACAAUUCAGCCACAAAGCGCCGGUGUGCAGAGCGCACUGAUAGAAGAUCGAGGCAAGGACAUGCAACCUGCUCAGAAUGUUCCAAGCCACUUGACGAGAAGCUGCAGGAACUUGAGGACGCCAUUGAGGAGCUAUCUGAAGAAAUACGGCGAAAGGAUGUUAUGAUCAGGAUUUUGGAAAAGAAAUCUGCUGAGCAAGUGACGAUGAUCAAGUACCAGCAUUCGACAAUAUCAAGUAUGUGCCGGGUGAACAACUCACUUUACGAAACCAAUAAGAUACUAGAAGAGAGGGUCGAGAAUCUCGGUGGGAGUGCUGAACUAUGGUGAGCUAAUAUGUUGCAUAAAGGUUGGACAACGACACCUUGUCUCCGAUAUCUACUGCCGUGCACACAUGGGUCUUUCCUUAUUAAUUAUCUUUUAGCAAGUUGGCGCCCAACGGGAGAAGGGACGAUUGGCUGGCAGCGGGCAGGUACCUGUCCUGGAGCCAGGUUUGCAGUUGCGAGACUUAUGACCUUAAGCCACCACUCCAUUUCAUCAGGACCUAUUUUGACAAACCAACAGCUGCAUAAAUUUCCCCGAGCCGAGAAUCUUCAGUGUCGCUGUGAGGAAAAAGAAUUGCGGUACCCUUCCCCACAGAACCUCUUCCGGGCCCAGGAACUGUAGAUUUUGGCCCGGUACUUGUGGACGAGGAAAAUGAACAGUGCAGGGGCAGUUGGCGCAGUGGUCUAACCCCUGGAGGCCAUUUUGUUUAUGAAUGAAGUGUCGUGAAGCAUGUGCGCUAAGGACGUGACAGGCAUGCUUUGGCAGGUCUUCCCUCAUCCAGCGCUACUGUCCACCUUCACUCCUCAAGGAAUGUGAUUGAUAUCCAGGGAGAACGGACACCGGACUGUUGACACGACAACACGAAAGAGUGCUAUUGAUGAGCGGCUCCAGGGAUGGACAGAUAGAAACCAUGGAAGGAAAAGUAAAGCGGCUAAAGCCUCUUUCAGGCCCAGAUAAAGACCCCUGCGAAGGACAGACAGGAAGUAGGGGCUUUUCAGAAGAAGGAACCCUUCGAUGAAGGACUGAGUUGGGGCCACAAUAUCAGUGAAAAGGGGUGGCCUCUCAGGGAGAUAGUGGGCCUUCAGGAGGAAGACAGACACUUAGGCCACGGAGGGAAAAGUAAAACCCCUUUCAGGCACAGAUAUAGACCCUUGCGAAGGACAGACAGCGGCACAACAGCACUUUUUAGGAAGUAGGGGCUUUUCAGAAGAGAAGGAACCCUUCGACGAAGGAUCGAGUUCGGGCUACGAUACGCGAUAUGGACAUUUUUGGCAGAGGAAAAUUUUGACAACGAUGCAUGUCCCUUGCACUGUCACUCUCUCCUUCAGGAAAACCUCCCCUCUCCUGCAUAAGUUGUAAACUGCAGCUAUCUGGUAUGGUGACUGAUGUGAUAAUAGUUCACAUAAUAGAAACAUGACCCUAGAGGGCCCCGCCCUGAGGUUGGUAGCCUCGUCAUGCUACAACAACUUUGCCAAUCGACGAACACUUUCCCUCUGCCCCGUGCUACUAAGUGCGAAGGACAUUCCAUAGGCCACGAUAUGUGUAAUGGACUAUGUGGUGGCCCCCUCUAGGGACAGGCUCCACUUCACACCGUACGUACCUAUGCCUGGUGGAGGAAUCAGACAUAGAAUAGCCAGAAGCCAGCAACUAAUGGCUAAUUUGGCCACACAAAUAGAGAUAGGCAAGCCAUUGGAUCCACUUUGAAGUGCGAAGGAGAAUCUUCCAUCGACCACAACGUUUGUGAAAUCGACUACGUGGUGACCUCCUAUAGGGGCAGGCUCCACUGCAAAUACCAAUGCCUGGUAGAGGAGCCAGAUAGCUUACAUCGUUGCUAUUCUAGAUAGCUUAUCACAGCUAUUCUAUCGAGGGACAUACUCAGAAGUCAGAUGAAACCAGGGGCGACUAACGGCUCAUUUGCUACAAAGGUUUAGGGUUUCGGGGGGUUGGGGCUUAGGAAUAGGCAUACGUGGCAUCUGACCCUAAUGAUUGGUAGGUGGCAAGGAGGAUGCACAAAUUUUGAGAAUUCCUGUCAUGGAGACAUCUUCAGUCCUCAAAGAUAACAACUUCAACACCUGUCAUAACACAUGUUUUUGCUGUGCAGUACUGUGGCCUUUAGUCUGUUAGGGUUUUAGGUUCCGCAUCAACGGAGCAAGAGCAGGCAAGGUGCCCUUUGUGUACUCUCCUGUCCUAUUCCCGAGGGACAGCGACUGCUUAUGGAGACUUCAAGCAUGACUCAAGUGGAGGGCUGGAAGAGAGGACAGGGAAAAAUUUGAGGUUCUGAGUGGCAACUCAUAAGACACCUUGAGGAGGUAGUAGCAGCAGCUAGGACAGACUUGUGAAGCUUAGACAGUCUAACACUCAUCCUGUUCAGGGGCUAAGUAAGCCGAUUCAAUUGAGGGAGGUUAUGCGUGCCUCAGGAGCGUGGAAUAUGUCAGACUAGAGGAAAGGGAAGAGUCCUGUGGGACAUCUGCUAAAAUUGGAGCGAUAGAGAGAAGAUUAGCUUGUCCCCUGUGCAAUGAUGACACACAUAAAUUGAGAAAUGGACCAAAUGGCCCAAGUUUUUCUUUUUACUAAAAAGGGAAGAAGAGAAGAAGAAGGAACAGGAGAAAUGAGAACGUAGCUUCAGAGUUUUCCUGCCAUCAGGAAGAAGAGCAGAGGAGAGUAAAAGAGAGAGGGAGAGAGGAAGAUAGCUUCAGGGUUGUCAUGCCGUCAUCAUCCACUUGGUGCGAAGAGACAGAAGAGGCAAGGACGGUCGCAAAAUGGAUGGUGCAUGGGUCUUGUGACCCUUGUCUAAGGAGGAGGAGGCAAAGAAUACCUCCCUGUUUGGAAGCAGCAGAUAAAAGAUUAUAUUAUGGUAAGGUCCGUAAGGAGGCAUAGUAUGUUCAUGGUAAUGAACAGAGAGGUGCAUUGAGUUGCCUCAAUGCAUUCAUGAAACUU